AUGGAGGCGCGUGAAGGCCGUCAGAGUCUCGCGGUGAGGGUCUCUGACACGCCUCCCGCGGACGAUCCGCACAGCUCUCGUUCGUGCGCCUCCCCUCUCUCCUCCGCCGCGCUUCCUCCUGCUUCGUCAGCCGGUUCGCCAGCCGCGCGUCGUGCGACUUUUUGCUCUGAUUCGUGUGCCUCCGUCGUCGCGCCCGUCUCGGUGCCUUCGCGGACGCGUCCCUUCGCCUCGGCUUUCAGCUGCGCAGGUGGUUCACCUGCUGUGGGCGGCGCCGCAGGUGCACCGCCCACGCGCUCGAUUCGAUUCGAUUCGCUUUCGUUCUCAGAGGAAGGCGCCCACGAGAAAGCGCUAGCCGGGUAUGCAUGCGUUGUCGAGCAGAGCGAGCGAGAGGCCGCCGCGGCGGGCAAGGCGGCGGCGGCCUCGCUCCCUCCGCCGCCCUCGCUCCCGCCUUUUGUCUUCUUCAGUCGUCAUCGUUUUCCCAGCGCGCUGCCGCCGGAGAUCCUCGGAGCGCACGCCGCCUUGUGCCUGCAGCGUGGCGAGGCGCCGAUGGUGCCGGACUGGAUCUACGCGCCGAACUUCUCUCCCAGCGGCAGUGAGGACGAAGCGUCUCGAGACGAGGGCGGCAGCGCAGCGGGACAGGCCCCUGCCGCUCACGGCUCCGCGUCGCCGUCGGCGGCGCCUAGUUCGUCACCGGGGGGUUCUUCUGCCUCGCCCUCGCCCUCGCCCUUUCUGCCGACGACGACCUCGGCGAGCCACCCAGCCAACGAUAGGAAAGCCAAGAGACAGACGCGCGUGCGCUCCAGAAAGCUCCUCAAAGACAUCGAGAACCUCGGCGCCCCCGCUCAUUCCAGCGGCGAGACCGGCGAGCAGGGGAGACGCGAAGCGCAGACCGACCCCGGAGCCGACGCGCCCAAUAGGAAUGGAGUCGGCGAGGCAGCCCGCGCGUCGCCGGCCGCCUCAUCCCCUGCAGGAACGAUGGCGCGGCUUCACCAAAACGGAGGGAUCUUCGCAGGGGUCAGGCAAGACGACAGAGAAAAGCAACUCCACCUGCAGCUGGUGGUCCGCCUCGAGGACAAGCUUCAGAAACUGCAGCAGGGAAAAGAAGGAGGCGGCGUCGGGCUUGGUGCACUCAGGAGACUUCUGGAGCUCCUCCCCGAUACGAAGGAGGCGCCCGACGUCGCGCCCGCAGCGUCUGCUCUGCCGCCUGCGUCAGCCGGGCGAGGCGACGGCAAGACAGAGCGAAACGGGGUAGAGACGCACGAAGCAGCUGCGGAGAAGCUGCAAACAGCCGCAAACGCCGUGAAGAGCGAGGAGGCCGCAGGCAGGGCUAGUGAACGAGUAGACGCUAUGGCAGGAGAGGCGAGCGCGACGAGGUGGACGGAAGCCCAGGCGGGAGGGCGUGGCAAGGAGAGCGAGACUGGGAAUCCCUUUUUUGAGGAAGAAGCCCGACAAACGCAGGGAGAGACGGCAGACAGCAAAGAAGGAAACGGGUGCAGCGGUGAGGGCGUGGCGGGGGCAGCGCGCGACACGCGGGCUGCCGCGAGCCCGAAAACGCUUGACGCCUCUAAUCCUCUCUUGGGCGCAGAGGAAGAAGAUGAACCUGCGUUGAAGGGGGAGAGGAUCGAUGUCGGUGGUGAGAGAAAGCGAGGACGGCAAGGUGCAGCAGAAAACGUGGGCACACAGGGACGACCCCGCGGCGAGGACGGAAAGGAAGCAAAGCAGAAACGGCGUCGAGGCCAACACAGCGCCGCGGAGCGAUCAGCGAAUACGCAGCAAAUCUGGCGGGAAGCUCACGCCCAGGCGUUCUGUCUGCGCAUGGCAGGGUGCGGUGUGUGCGAAGGCCUCGCGGAGGGAAAGGUCGGAAGCGUAACGGAGAAAGACAGCAAGUGUGAGGAAAGGGCGAACUCCGCAAGCGACAAAGGUGGACCUGUCGAAUGCAGAAAACCGCAUGAUUUGAAGGCUUUCCUCCAGUCGCGACCUGCGGAUAUUCAGACACGCGCAUGUCCCUUCCUGGAAGCAAAGUACCCAUUUUGCCCGUAUGGCAUCUGCUGCCAGUUCGGCGCCUCUCAUAUCGACGCUGAAGGCUACAAUAUCCACCCGGAUGGGCGCCGGGUGACCCCCGAGGACUUGGACGCGCUUCAGCGGCGGCUACACACUGACGAAGAGCAGAAUGUUUUGAGCCCGUUUACUGCAAAACGUAUAAUACAGGAGAGCCGAAGACGGGCUAACUCCGAGCGAGAGGCGGGACACAACGGGAAUUCUCCUCAGUCCUACCUGUCGGGAUCACCAAGCCCAAGCGUCUCUUCAUCCCCGGCUUUGCCGGCGUCAACUCCACCUGUCUCUACUGCCCCGUUUCCCCGUCCGUCGACAUCUGCCAUGACAUCCAGUUCGACGGGUUCUUCUUCUGCCUCCUGUCUUUCGCCGGCUGGGGAGUCAGGACCACACGAGCAGGAGUCCUGCCGUGUAGGGUCGCUCUCGUCCCUCUCGGUUCGCGAGCGCCGCGCCCUCACUCAGGAGAAGUUUCGAAAGCGCCUUGUCGACAGCCCCCGAGGCAAGGGCCGCAGGCUGAUUCUAGCGCCGCUUACAACUGUCGGAAACCUGCCCUUCAGGCGUCUCUGCGUAGAGCUAGGAGCUGAAGUCACGGUGUCGGAGAUGGCUGUGGCGAAAUCAGUCGCGGACGGAAAACACUCAGAACUUGCUCUUCUCAAGCGACACAAGAGCGAGAAGUUCUUCGGCGUCCAGCUCGCUGGCGGGUGUCCCGAUGUUAUGAACGCGUGCUGUGAUCUGUUGGCAAGUGAAGAGGUCUCUUGCGAUUUCGUCGACGUAAAUGCUGCCUGUCCGUUAGUGCAGCUUCACCGUCGCUUCAGAGCUGGCGCUUGCAUGAUAGACCACCCUGCUCGUCUCGAGGCUGUUGUCGAGGGCAUGACGAUGCGGCACCCCGAGAUCCCCCUCACAGUCAAACUUCGGACGGCGAACCAGGGGAAGAAUCAGGUCCUUCAUUCCUUCAUCCAAAGGAUCGGACGAGCAGGGGCCGCCGCCUUGAUCAUCCACGGAAGGACUGCCCAGCAGCGGUACACAAAGGCUGCCGACUGGCGAUAUGUUGCACAGUGUCGAGAGACGCUGGAUGCAUCUAUUCCUAUCAUCGGUUCAGGCGAUGUCUUCAGUAGUCCGGAGUUUGAGUUCCGCCUUGCCUCAGGGGCCGUGGAUGGCCUGAUGAUCGCUCGUGGAGCUCUUAUCAAACCGUGGAUCUUCACAGAAAUCGCCGAGCAAAAAAUCUGGGAUAUUUCCGCUUCUGAACGCUUGGAUUUACUAAAAAAAUUCGUCGGUUUUGGACUGGAACAUUGGGGAUCUGACAGUCGAGGUGUUGCGACGACGCGACGAUUUUUGCUAGAACUGCUCUCCUUUCAACACCGCUACGUACCUCCUCCGUUCUUCGAGUUCCUGCCCCAGAUGCUGCAGUGGCGCCCGUCUUCGUUUGUUGCCCGCUCCGAUCUGGAACAAAAGAUGUCAAGUCCGUCCGUGAAAGAUUGGAUCGACAUUUGCUCCCUCCUUUUGGGACCACCUCCGCCGGAGUUCUCCUUUGUUCCCAAGCACGCUUCAAAUUCGUAUAUAAAUAUCGCUAAUUCGCCUGCCUCUUCCACUGCGCUGACCCCACCCCCGCAAUCCGCUGACACAGCGCGCACACGCCACGAGCGAGGACUUCUAGCGGAUUUGUAUUCGUUCUUUCGUACCCGAAUUGUUCGCAGUGUGAAUGGGUGCGAGGGCUGCGGUCAGUGA